CAAAACAUGUGCACCGCGGUCGCCCGCAUCGCGGCAGUCAGUUCGCGAGAUCCCGACACAAGUUUACGUCAAGACCCUCCUGUGCUUACCAAAAAACAUUCCCUACGCUGUCCAAAAUACAGAGCAACGAAGAAAUUCACAUUUACAAGCAUGUCACACGCGUCACCUAGCGCUGAGCGUAGGGAGCACCUGUACAAGAUCCUGGUGAUUGGAGAGUUGGGUACAGGGAAGACGUCCAUCAUCAAACGAUAUGUGCACCAGUUCUUCAGCCAACACUACAGAGCCACCAUCGGUGUGGACUUCGCACUUAAAGUCCUCAAUUGGGAUGCUAACACCAUCAUCCGUUUGCAACUAUGGGAUAUUGCAGGCCAAGAACGCUUCGGCAACAUGACCCGGGUGUAUUACAAGGAGGCCGUGGGCGCGUUCAUAGUUUUCGACGUGUCCAGGGUUGCGACCUUCGACGCCGUUGUCAAAUGGAAGAACGACCUGGACGCCAAAGUUCAACUGCCUGACGGAUCGCCCAUACCUUGCAUAUUGUUGGCGAAUAAGUGUGACCAGCAAAAGGAAGGCAUAGUAAACUCUCAAGCCAAAAUGGAGGAGUACUGUCGCGAGAAAGGUUUCGCCGGUUGGUUUGAGACGUCGGCCAAAGAGAAUAUCAAUAUUGAAGAAGCAGCCAGGUCAUUAGUUAAUAAGAUUCUAUUAAAUGACAAACUACUCCAGAGCAACGAUAACAGAGAUGGUGACAAAUUCGCGCUUGACCACAAGAUUGCCAACGGCGAGAACAGUCGGGAUGGAAGCUCCAAGUCCUGCUCGUGCUGACCUAUCAUCGAUCGCCAUUCGUAAAAUGGCCAAUCACAACGCGUCACACAAACGCUCCCCUAUCCAAGGACCAAUCACGUUCCAUUCUAAAUUUAAAACUCUCUAUUUUGAAUAAAAUAUGCACUUUUUGUUUGAUUGACGUUAUUAAAAAAUGAUUUAGGAAUUAUGGAUUUUCGAUUUUUUUAAGCUAUAAUCUCAAAUGCAAUAUAAUCUGUUAUUUGACUCGACUAGACUUUGCCGCCAUUUUUCUCUUUUUCUUUAUAUUAAGAACUAAUUAAAUCUUUAUGUUUCUGUUCAAUCCUUUUAGGAUUUGUCUUCCUUCUAAGCUUUUUUACAAACUGAUUCUGUAUAUUUUAACAAUUAGUUUUUAUUUUUUUGAAAUAGGCCGCCAUUCCGCGUUAUUACGAGGUUGAUCAAAUGCCUAUGAUCGAAUUUAUUUUAUUAAGUCUGUAUUUUGACUAAGAAAGCUAUAUCAAUAGAGUCACUCGUGCCAUUUGGCUGAAGUCAUAAACAUUAUGGUUUAUCAAGAUAAGUGGAAGUACGAUUAAGAAUAUAAACAGAAUAAAAAUAAAAAUAUCGAUUUUUUGACAAUUGUUUUGAGAAUAUUUCUAUGAGGAUAUAUUAUCAACUGUG